GUUCUUCAUUGUGUCUUUCAGUUCUCAACAUGUUUUGUCUUCUUCUCUUGGUGUCUUUCUUUUGCCUUGAUGGUAAACCAAUUGGUUUUCAUAAGUAAAUAACGGCCAGCCUACCCUGCGGGAGAAUCUUCGAGCUUCGCUGGCAUACGAACAAGUGGAAGAUUUUAGUUACAGAAACAUUUCAGUUCUCUAGAGACAAAAACCAAAGGAGAUACUUUACUGUAGGGGAGAUGGAGAGGUAUAAUUUAAUCAAAGAAGUUGGUGAUGGAACUUUUGGGAAUGUUUGGCGAGCUGUCAAUAAACAGACGGGUGAAGUUGUUGCGAUUAAAAAGAUGAAGAAGAAGUAUUACUCUUGGGAAGAAUGUAUUAAUCUGAGAGAAGUGAAGUCGCUUAGCAGAAUGAACCAUCCAAACAUUGUGAAGCUGAAGGAAGUCAUCCGGGAAAAUGAUAUUCUUUACUUUGUUUUCGAGUACAUGGAUUGCAAUCUUUACCAGCUUAUGAAGGAUCGCCCUAAGCUCUUUGCAGAAUCUGAUAUCCGAAAUUGGUGCUUUCAAGUCUUUCAAGGUCUUUGUUACAUGCAUCAGCGUGGAUACUUCCACCGAGAUCUUAAGCCAGAGAAUCUAUUAGUCUCUAAAGAUGUUAUAAAGAUUGCUGAUCUUGGCCUGGCCCGGGAGAUUAACUCAAGUCCACCUUAUACAGAGUAUGUCUCUACACGCUGGUAUAGGGCACCUGAAGUACUGCUACGGUCAUAUGUAUACACGUCAAAAGUUGAUAUGUGGGCAAUGGGCGCUAUUCUGGCUGAGCUGUUGUCUCUUCGCCCUCUUUUUCCUGGAGCUAGUGAAGCAGAUGAGAUAUAUAAAAUCUGCAGUGUGAUAGGCAGCCCAACUGAAGAGACAUGGUUGAAGGGGCUUAAUCUUGCUAGCGUUAUCAAUUACCAAUUCCCUCAGCUUCCUGGUGUACACCUUUCAAACUUGAUGCCGUAUGCUAGUGCAGAGGCGGUUAACCUUGUUGAGCGCCUCUGCUCGUGGGAUCCCAGCAAUAGGCCGACGGCUGCAGAGGCUUUGCAGCAUCCGUUCUUCCAUAGUUGUUACUAUGUUCCACCAUCUCUCCGUUCCAAACAGUCUGUUGGACAGAGAGGGCCUCUUGAGCAUCAGCAGCAAUCCCUCAAGACCAAUAAUAAGGCGCCAUUCAACAGUUAUGCUACUUCAAAGGUGAACGCUCCUCCAUUUGGUGCUUGUCAGACCCAGCGGAAGCUGGAGAUGUCUAAUAAGAUUAACCAGGACACAACAUGGAACAAGAAAGCUGUCGGAAGUUAUCAUGUCAGAGAUGCUAGGUAUAUACCACCGCCUGGAAGGAAGAGUCCUUCAUCGAUGAACAAGAAUUGGGUCUUUCCUCGUGGGCCAUCAGAGACUGCAGUGGCAAAUGCAGCGGUGGUUGGUGGAAGAUGGAGGCCGGCGAUGAAGGCAGGGUGGGUGGGAGAAAGUGGUGACAUGUUCCUCAGACCUAUACAGCCUCCAAAUCCCUACUCUAGGAGAAUCGCUGGUUAAAACCGAAAAGAUGACUCACUCUUUUAAGUUAUCAUCAUCUUCUACUACCCGAGGGUCCAUGAUCAUUUCAAGACACAGCUAUGUUUGAUUUCCUUUUCUAAAAACUCUCUUGCUUGUGCAUGGAGCUUCUUCUUGAGCCUGUACUGGUUUUAAUGUUUCGGUCAUGGUUUUGCUCUGUAUAUUUUCUUUUCUUUUCGCAACAAAGCUCACAGACGUUGGACCAAACCCUGUUUUCAUCAACUUCGAUGGACAGUAAAUGUAAUCUCGACUCGGCCAUGUAUAUAAACGUUUUGCAACAUGUGACUUGAA